CCUCCGCUUGCCCUGAACCUGCACGAUGAGUAACUCGCUGAGACCAUACCUUGCCGCCGUGCGCUCGACGCUCACCGCGGCGCUCACCCUCGAGAACUUCUCGUCGCAGGUCGUCGAGCGGCACAAUGUGCCGGAGGUGGAGGCCGGAGCGUCGAAGGAAGUGCUCCUCAAUCCACUGACGAUCUCCCGCAACGAGAACGAGCGGGUACUCAUCGAACCAUCCAUCAACUCUGUCCGACUGAGCAUCAAGAUCAAGCAAGCGGACGAGAUUGAACGCAUCCUCUGCCACAAGUUUGCACGCUUCAUGAUGCAGCGCGCCGAGAACUUCGUCGUCCUCCGACGCAAGCCCGUACAGGGCUACGACAUCUCAUUCCUCAUCACGAACACGCACACGGAAACCAUGCUCAAGCACAAGAUCGUCGACUUUAUCAUUCAGUUCAUGGAGGACGUGGAUCGGGAAAUCAGCGAGAUGAAGCUCAGCUUGAACGCGCGCGCACGUAUAGUCGCGGAGUCCUACCUUACUGCGUUCACUUCAUAGUGUACACGGUCUUUGAUGUACUCCUUCACGGUGUUCGGACGAAUUCAGAUUUGAUGUACUUUUAA